CAUGAGUAAUUAUUCUUCGUGAUAACCAGGACCGGAGUGGCUGGAACGCAAAACGUCCACACGCUAACGAAGGAGCCCAGGACACCAGGAGAAACGGAGCAGAAGCACCGGUCCACCUGUUGCUCCUACCUCGCCGGCCGCCGCCGCCGCCGCCUCACGAGCUCCCGCCGCAAACCUCGCCAUGAGCGCAGCCGCUUCCGCGGCGCCACCCAGCCGCCGCACCCGCAGCCGGCCGCCCUCUGCCUCCUCCCGCAAGUCCGACGACCCCUCGGCCGCCGCCGCCAACGGGAAUGGGAACGGGAAGGUCGCCUCCAAGCCCGCCUCUCCCCACCAACUCACAGGGGAGAGGACGGUGAAGAAGCUGCGUCUGUCCAAGGCGUUGACGAUUCCGGAGGGGACGACGGUGUCGGAUGCGUGCCGGCGGAUGGCGGCGCGGCGGGUCGACGCCGUGCUCCUCACCGACGCCCAAGGCCUCCUCUCAGGCAUAGUCACCGACAAGGACAUAGCUACAAGGGUAAUUGCUGAGGGGCUUAGGGUGGAGCAAACCAUCAUGUCCAAGAUCAUGACACACAAUCCAACUUAUGUGAUGUCUGACACGCUUGCAAUUGAGGCAUUGCAGAAGAUGGUUCAAGGGAAAUUUAGACACCUCCCUGUAGUAGAAAAUGGUGAGGUUAUUGCUAUGCUGGACAUUGCAAGAUGCCUAUAUGACGCAAUAGCAAGACUGGAAAAGGCUGCAGAGCAAGGAAGUGCGAUAGCAGCUGCUGUUGAAGGGGUUGAACGUCAAUUAGGAGGCAACUUUUCAGCUCCUUCUGCUCUAAUUGAAACUCUAAGGGAGAGGAUGUUCAAACCAUCUUUGUCAACCAUCAUCACAGAGAACACAAAGGUAGCAAUUGUUUCGCCUACAGAUCCUGUGUGUGUAGCAGCACAGAAAAUGCGAGAGUUUCGAGUUAAUUCGGUGGUUGUCACUACAGGAAACACAUUGCAGGGGAUCUUUACCUCAAAAGAUGUACUUAUGCGUGUUGUCGCACAAAAUAUUUCCCCUGAGUUGACCCUAGUAGAAAAGGUGAUGACUGCCAAUCCAGAUUGUGCCACAUUAGAUACAACAAUUCUUGAUGCAUUACAUAUAAUGCAUGAUGGCAAAUUUUUGCAUAUUCCUGUUAUUGACAGAGAUGGACAAAUUGCUGCUUGCCUGGACGUCCUACAGCUUACCCAUGCAACCAUUCAAUUGGUUGAAGGAGGGAAUGGAACUGUAAAUGAUGUAGCAAACUCAGUAAUGCAGAGGUUCUGGGACUCUGCUCUUGCUUUGGAGCCUCCAGAUGAGGAAUUCGAUAGCCAUAGUGAGGUAUCUUUACUCCUGCCAUCAGAGGCUGGAGAUGGAAAGAGUAGCAUUUACCCCCCUGCAAUUGGCAAUUCAUUUGCCUUUAAGCUUCAAGACAGAAAGGGCCGUGUGCAUAGAUUCACUUGUGGCUCUGAGAGCUUGGAUGAGCUUGUGUCUUCUGUAAGACAAAGAUUAAGUAUUAGAGAUGAAAAGGAAACAGUACAACUCUUGUAUGAAGAUGAUGAAGGUGACCGAGUGCUGCUGACGACAGACUCCGAUCUCGCUGGUGCUGUGCUCUAUGCCAAAUCAUCUGGAUUGAAGGUGCUGAAGUUGCACAUUGAAGACCCAGGUUUGUAUACUGAAGUGACAAAACCAUCACAGGAGCUGGCUCCACCUCCCAGCAGGAGUGGGAUAUCGCCGGUUCAUGUUGGAUUGAUGGCCGGUGCAGUUGCUCUCAGUGGCGUAGCAGUGAUGGUUUACUUAAAACGAUCUCAGCUGUGAUUUCCGAAACCCAGAGGGAAUCAUGGCUUUCCUUUUCUUUUUCUUUUUUUUCCAUUUUUCUGAAGAGCGGGGAUCGGUGCCAUUCCAAAUUAGCAUUGUCAUCAGCUAAUGCUCACUAGGUACCAAGCUAAGAAAUGAAGGAAAAUAUCACAUCUGUGGUCAGUUGAACUGACGGUCCAUAGUCCAGACAAAGGUCAUGGGACCAGAUUGUUGCUUUUGGAGUAGGUGAUUUUCUGGCAGAAGAGCCUGCCUAUCCUCGUUCAUUCUGCACGAACGUGAACAGUUUCACGACUACGGUGUAAUGUAUAAGCAUUACAUAUACAUAAACAGAUGACGUGAGCUCAUUUCAGAGGAUGACA